CCUCCAUCCCACUUGCAUAUUUCAUCAACAAAAUGCAGGAACAAUUUGAGCCUUUGAAGAACGAUUUGCUGCUGAGGGCUGCACGGGGUGAGAAGGUGGAGCGUCCUCCGAUAUGGGUUAUGCGACAGGCUGGCCGAUACCUUCCCGAAUACCAUGAGGCGAAGGAGGGCCGCGACUUCUUCGAAUGCUGCCGCACACCCGAAAUCGCAUCGACCCUGACCCUCCAGCCCAUUGAGCGUUAUGAAGGUCUCAUCGAUGCCGCUAUUAUCUUCUCCGAUAUUCUAGUCAUUCCCCAGGCCAUGGGUAUGGUCGUGGAGAUGCUGGACAAGAAGGGACCUCAUUUCCCCGAGCCCCUCGACUCACCGACAGACGGGCAAUACGAGAAGAUCAUGGCGAAGAAUGUGGAUGUGAAAGCGGAGCUGGACUACGUCUACAAGGCAAUUACCCUCACACGAUUCAAGCUCAAGGGCCGCGUGCCCCUGAUCGGCUUCUGUGGUGCACCAUGGACGCUGCUGUGUUACAUGGUCGAAGGCGGUGGCAGCAAGCUCUUCGUGCAGUCCAAGAAAUGGGUCUACAAGUACCCUACUGAGGCACAGGCUCUUCUGCAGAAGAUUGCCGAGAUCUGUGUGGAAUACCUCGCCCUCCAGGUCGCUGCCGGAGCGCAGCUGGUGCAGGUCUUUGACUCCUGGGCCGGUGAGCUGUCUCCCGUCUCGUUCAAGUCGUUCUCCCUCCCCUACCUGCGCCACAUCUCCGCCAACCUGCCCAAGCGGCUGCAGGAGAUGGGCUUGGAGCCUGUGCCGAUGACCGUCUUCGCCAAGGGCGCCUGGUACGCUCUGGAUGACCUUUGUGAUUCGGGCUACAAUGUUGUCGGUUUGGAUUGGCUGCACGAUGCCGGUGAGGCCAUGCGCAUUGCCAACGGUCGUGUGACUAUUCAGGGCAAUGCGGAUCCUGGCAUGCUCUACGGUGGCCCUCCAGCUAUCACUGCCACUGUUGAGCCCAUGGUUGAGGGUUUCAAGAAGGGCAAGCAGGGAUGGAUCUGCAACUUGGGCCACGGUGUCACUCCGUUCGUCGAUCCCGAGAACCUCAAGUUCUUCUUCGAAGAAAUCCACCGCUUGACCGUAUAA